GCUGCCGAGAUUAACACCAGGCAACACAGACGCCGGCAAAGCAGAAAUUAUAAUCGUUUCGCAGCGCUGACGUAGCAGAGCAGCCGCAGCAGCAGCAGCAGCAGCAGCAGUGAAAAUCGGAAAAUCGUUAUACGUUGAAUAUACUACCACAAAAUCGCGGUCGGCAAAGGCAUCAACGCUGCGCUGCUUUUGGCCGGCACCCGCAACUCCUGGCGACUCACACUCGCGCAUCGAAUUCGAGUCCUGCCACAGCAGCAGCAGCAGCAGCAGGAGCAGCAGCCGCCGCAUUUUAAUUUUAUGGGUAUAACGCUAUAAAUGGAUCCCUCGAACUUGUCUUUCGGCUUUCCGGGACUGCCUGGUCAUGGACAUCUGCCCAUACCGCCCACCGCCAAUAUGCUGGGCGCCCAUGGACAUCCUGCGCCAACGGCCAGUCCGCCGCAGAGCGUACCCGGACGUCGCACGCCCCUUGGCUCCGUGGGUCUGGGCGGCUUCUAUGCCCAGGGCCUGGGCAUGACGCAGCAGAGCCUGACACCCACGGAUGAGAACAAGCCCGGGCCGAGUGCUCCGGACAAACCACUGAGUCCCACGGCAGCGGCGAUUGCGGCGAUUAGUGGUGGCACCACGACGGCAGCCCUGUCAAGCAUUGGAGGCGGCAUGGGUGGCGGACCAGGUGGCAGUGGACCCAACGGGGGCAAGCAAAAGAAUCGUCAAGGCAAGACGGUACGACUGAAUAUCAAUGCACGGGAACGGAGGCGAAUGCACGAUUUGAACGAUGCAUUGGAUGAGCUUCGCAGGUAAAAAAAAAAAGAAAACAAAUUUCUAAGCAAG